UUGUCCGACGUGCAAGUGACUGCCACUAGGUAUCUAGUUAGCUAGCAAAGGCCCGAACUGAAUAAUUUUAGCUGUUGACGAUGAAAGUAGGAAUAUACAACAAGACAGUCUGUUUAUAGUCCGUAUAAAAGUCGUUGUAACGAUGAUCAUAGAAAAUGUUGACGCCUUGAAGUCAUGGCUUGCGAAACUCCUGGAACCAAUAUGUGAUGCUGACCCCUCUGCGUUAGCCAACUACGUAGUGGCUUUAGUGAAGAAGGACAAACCUGAGAAAGAGCUGAAAGCCCUGUGUGCUGAUCAACUUGAUGUGUUCCUUCAACAAGAAACUGCAGGUUUUGUAGACAAACUAUUUGAAAGUUUAGUGACAAAAAAUUACAUUGCGAAACCCCCGAUGAAGGAGUCACCCAAAGAGGAGCCUAAACCGGUGGUACAGAAGCCAGAUGAGAAGGAAAAAAGCAAGGAAGAGGAGGUGAAUCACGCAGAAGAUGCACGUGAAGUCAGGAGGCGGAGGAGUCCGCUGAGGAACCGCCCAGAUUUUAAUGAGUCAAGGGGCCGAGAUGACCGGCGACGGGGCACGGACUGGAAGCGGCGCGACCUGGAGCGCCACGGCAAGGGCGGCGGCGGCGGCGGCGGCGAGUCGUACCGCGAGCGGCACGAGCGCCGGCGGGGGGGCUCGCGCGGGCGCAGCCGGAGCAGGAGUCGGAGCCGGAGCCGCAGCACCAGCCGGAGCCGCAGCGGGAGCAGGGGCCGCGGGAGAGGUGAGCCGGAGAGGGAGGAGGACAGGCAGGACAGGCGCAGGAGAGCAGAACACUGGUCCAAGUUUGAGCAAGAGAGGAAGGAGCAGGGUGCCUACAUCCCCACGCCUGCCCCCAUGGGGAACGCUCCUCCUCCUCCCCCCUACCUGCUCAACAUGAAUCCCCCUCCGCACAAGUUCCCCCCCUGCUCCUCCUCCUCCACCUCCUCCUCGUCGUCCUCCUCGAGAGGCCCGCCGGUCCCCGGCUCCGUCUCCAUGGCAACGCCGGCUCGUCAGCCCGACAACACGACGGAGAGCUGGUCCAGUUUCUACCUGAGUCAAGACAAGAGCAAGUCGGUGGACGCCAGCCCCUCCAAGAAGCAACGCUGCAGGGACUACGACGAGAAAGGCUUCUGCGUCUCUGGCGACCUCUGUCCGUUCGACCAUGGAAACGACCCCCUGAUCGUGGACGACGUCAUUCUGCCCACCAUGAUCCCGUUCCCGCCGCCUCCGCCAGGGAUGCCCAUGCCCCGCAUGCCCAUGCCCCCCAUGACGGAGCCCCCGCCCAACAUCCGGAUGCCCCCCCCGCCACACGUGCAGCCGCCCAUCCCAGGGCUCUUCCCCAUGCCUGAUUCGUACGACUCCGAGGCGUAUAACCCAGAGUCUCCAGGCCUCACCAGCCGACCGCAGUACCGGCAGUUCAUCCCGCGGAUCCAGACGCAGAGGCCCUAUCUCAUAGGCCUGACCUCCGGAGAAGGCCAGGGCUCGCGAGGUACCGAAUCUGCAAAUAUCGUGAUCCAGACAGAGCCCUCGGUGACCAGUGCGUCCACCAGCGAGUCGUGGUUCAACUCCGAGGCGGAGAGCAGGAAGAGGCCGUUGAGCUCCACAGACGGCCCCCAUCCCCCCAAGAAGCCCUGGAUGGACAAGCCAAACUUCAACUCCCAACACAAGCCCAACUUCCCGAAGAAGAAUCACUACAUGAACACUAAACUGGAGGUGCGCCGGAUCCCACGGGAUCUCAACAACAUCACCAAGUUAAACGAGCACUUUAGCAAGUUUGGGACUAUUGUAAAUAUUCAGGUAAUGUUUGGGGGUGACCCGGAUGCCGCCCUCAUCCAGUACACGUCCAACAAGGAGGCCCGGGCCGCCAUCUCCAGCACCGAGGCCGUGUUCAACAACCGCUUCAUCCGGGUGCACUGGCACCACGAGGCCACCGGGGGGCAGCAGGAGCAGGGCCUCGGCAGCAGCCAGGGCACCAGUCUGGCUCCACAGCACGCCCCCCCACACAAGCAGCACAACCCAGGGGCCUAUGUGCUGAACAACACCUUCCCCAAACCCCGGCCAGAGCUGCCCACGGCCACCCAGGGGGCGACCGACCCGAAGGGCACGAGCCCGGAGCUGCCCACGGCUGCAACAUCGGCAGGGGGAAGUCAUCUGAAAGGGCCGUACACGAGAACAGUUCUCAAGCCGUCCUCCAAGUCCCUGGGGAAAACGGCCAAAGCACUUCAAGCGCAGGAGGUCUUGAAAAAGAAGCAGGAAGCAAUGAAGUUGCAACAAGGAAUGCGGAAAAAGAAACAAGAAAUUCUGGAGAUGCAGAUCGAGUGCCAGAAGGUGCUGAUCGGGCGUCUGGAGACCAACCGGACGAUGAAACCGGAGGAGCGCGCCGGCAUCAUCAAGACGCUCAACGGCCUGUCGGAGAUGAUCUCUGCGCUGCAGACGGAGAUUGUGGCCCUGCAGCGGCCCGCCGGCACCACGCCGCAGGCGCCCCCCAAAAGCGACCAGCCCAAGGACAAGACGGAUGUAAGAGCCACCGACCCCCUCCUGACCCCCACACGACCCCCCAAGGCCCAGAAGGAGCUGCUGGACACAGAGCUGGACAUCCACAUGAAGCUCGGCUCUGGCGAGGACACGGCGACGCUCAAAAGGAAGCUGGCCGAGCUGCAUGCCGAGGCAACGCGUAUGGGGCUGAUCCCGGCCGCGUCUGCGGCCACAGCGACGGUGGCGCCGGUACGGCCGACGUUGGCUCCCCCCACUCGCGGGCGGGGCGGCAGGGGCCGGGGCCGAGGCCGCGGAGGGGGUCGGGGAGGCGGCGGCGGCAACCACAUGGUGGUGGACCACCGGCCACGGGCGUUCAUCAUCCAAGGCGUCACGCAGGAGGAGAAGGACGAGCUGAGGCCACACUUCAUGAAAUUUGGCGAGGUCGAGGAUUUCCGUGAGCAGGAUGCCACCAGUGUUGUCAUGACCUUCAAGUCGCGGGGCGAAGCAGAGAGCGCUGCCAAUCAAGGCGCCAAGUUCAAGGGGCGCUUCCUGGAGAUCUCCUGGUACACGGCCAAACGGCCCUCCGUGUCCUCCGAGCCCUCAGAGGAGGAUCCAAAGGAGGAGGCCAAAACGGAACAUGUUAGCUCCUCCCUGCUCGCUGAAGAUGAAGAGGAGGAGGAGGAUGACGACGAUGAGGACGAAGAUGGAGAAAGCCGCUCGUGGAGACGAUGGAAUAAAUAAAUGCAUCUGGCUUUUUAUCUUUAAUUUUAUUUUUAUGUCGUGGGUGGGGUGUCAGAGACUAACUUGGAAAUCAAAGCUGUCAGGUCAAACCCUCUACCGUCUAAACCAGUAUUCAUUGACUGAAGGAAAACAUAUUUUGUUGAGUGUAGAUGUGUAUUGCGCAAAGUGCAAGUGCAUCCACACUGUUUUGAUAACUGCAUAAUUAAUCUCUGUGCCGAUGAACCGGUUUGAAACAUCAGGAUCACAAACUGCUCUGGCUUUGAUUACAUUGCAGUGCUGUAACACAAGAGUUGUGACUCAAAACAUUGUUUUUUUCCUCUUCCUCCUCCUUACAUUUCUUUAGUGUGCACCUGCUCCCAACUAUUUGAAUAUUAUAGUGAGCUAGCAGGUGACAACAUCCUGAAUAGCAUUGAAGGCAAAAAUUAAAUGUGGCAUUGAAAAUUAAGUCCGUUGAGAUUAUAUUGCUACUCAAACUAUAUGCUUGAAUAGCCACCUCCCCCUAUUAUCAUUGCAGUUACCCCCUGAUGCUUGUUGUGCCACUAUGUGUAAAUACAGUAUCCAUGGAAACUGAGGCACAGCUAUUCUGUAAAGUGUUUAAAGGAAUCCCUAACUUGCAUUAUUUCAUCCCAUACCAAAGAGAUCUUUGGAACAGGAUGGGUAGAAAACAUUGUUUUCAAUUGACUUGUGUAUAGUGCUGUUUUGAAUGUAUGGUUUUUGGUUUUACAUUAUUUUGCCUUACAUAAUCAGCUGACUGCUGGAUUUGUACAAGAUACAUGCCUCCUUCUGUUGAGCUUCUGUGUAAAUUUUGUACAUGUUGCAGUUUGGAAUGACUGUUCAUACCUUUUAUUACAUGGUAGCCAUUUCAAUGUUGAAGUUGGGGACAAAAUGGUUUCCCUUUUUUUUUUUUUUAAAUUGUGAUUUAUUUUUUGAGUUGAGAAAGUAUUCUGUCCCUUUCUAAAAUCCUUAUUUAUAGCAGCAUAUUUAAAACGUCACCAUCCCAUUUGUAACGGUUAUUUUCCCAGCAUUUCUAAACAAGAAUUACCCCCCUAUUAACGCCUGUCAGUAAUGGGGCAUAUGUUUUUCAUAGAGCUGUAGAUAUCCCCCCCCAUUCCUUUCCUUUGACAUGCCCUCGGUAAAGAGAGCUAUCCAUAAUGCCCGUGUGAGUGUGCAAUGCUGAUGAAAUAUCUAUAUUUUUGUUAUUAGUACUUACACACGGUAUUUAACAAUAUAACGAGAUAAUGAUGAGGUAUGAUUAGGUCAUAUCAUCCACCAGCCCUUUCCUGUAUCUCUGCUUCAAUUUGGUAAGGGCGUGACUCCUCUCAACCAUUAGGAUGGCCUGCUUUUUGUACCCUUUUAUGUCAUUGUACAUGACUUCAGGAUGAAAAAAUGUCUCUUUUUCUGGGAAAUUUGUGAACUCAGAAAAAAUAUAUGUUGCUAUGAUAUUAAUAGCAGGACUAUUUCAGUGAAAAAAAAACUAAAAUAUUGAUCUCCUGAUAUUCUUUAUUUUUAAAACAUUGUGCUACCAUGAUUGGGUGGUAUGAUGCAUAGAACAUUUAGUGAGAAGGUUUGAAAUAUUACUGUUUAUAUAUUGCAGAAUAUGUGGAUGUAUUUUAAGUUUUGUUUGUAAAAAUGAUUUUUUAAUUUGCAUGUUUGGUUACCAAUAAAGAAGGAGGAAUGGUUUCAUUAUGAAUAUCAGAACAAACACAUUAAAAAAAAAAAAAACAAUUUGGCCAAAAGAAAUGAAAUGAGAAAAAAAAUAAUAAUUUCAACAUCUUGACAAAAAAAAAAAAGUCAAAAUGAAAAACUCACCAUUCCAGAAA